AUGGCAACCCGGGACCUCAUCACUACUGUCCCCAGAGAGUUACUGAGUCACUCAACGGUCCAAGCUAGCAGCGCUAGCAACCGUUUGUCAUCAACGAUGAGAGGGACCCAAAAUGUAGCAAACUCCAGUACUCGUAUUUCCAGUCACUACACCGAUCGAGAGUCGAGCUACAGUCACCCGGAAACAACUACAGGGAGAGAGACUAGAGAGACCAUGGUAACACCUAACAUAGCCGUCGCCACAGGAUCACUGAGUCGUUCUCGAUCGCCAGGUCAAGCUAGUGUCACCCUUAGCGACUACCUGUCCACCGUUUCAGGAAAUCAAGGCACGCCUCUUAGGCAACAAGAUCAACAAAAACUUACCAGUGAACAUGAAUCUAACUACAGCCGCCAGGAAACACCAGGGAGAGCUAGCAAGGAAACAAUGGCAACCCGUAGUAGCCUAGCCGCUGGAGCCAUCACACUGUCGCUGAGCGACCGCAUCGCUAGCUACCGCAGCCAACAGAGAUCAGCAGGGGGAGAAGACAGAGGGAUACAGAGUCAGAGUGGAGUUAGUGGUAAUAAUAUUGGGAAUGAGGGUUUGCUAAACCGCACUCCAAAUCAAGUUACACAUCUGGUAAAGUUAGCAUUAGCGACAGAGUAUCGAACUACAGCCAUCAGGGAUCGUCAGGAAAAGAAUGCAGGUAGUCGUUGUUUGAGGGGGGAAUCAGUACGAAUGCCUGUUCCCUGUUGGAGAGGACAGAGUCCCCUGAAUAUGGGUGUAUCAGUAUGAUUGAGGGACAGACAGGACCUGGCUCCUAUAAGACAGCUAGUUGUGGCUGUGGUAGUAUGACUGACGGACAGGCAGGGCAGAGCUGUAGGUGUAGUUGUACAUCUGAAGGCCAGGAAGAGAGUGAACCUACCCCGUCUGAAGCAGGCAGCUCUCAAACAGGGACAGGGGCAGGGAUGGAGCUCCUAGUUGUGUUUAAUGGAGGACACGAGGCAGAGGACUCCUCCAUACUGCUGGUGGACAUCAACCCCAGAGCUCUGAAAGACUCUCAGAACACCUGGUAGGGACAGACUAUACAGAGAAAUGAGUACACUGAAUGGUACACUCUUUUAUAUUGACCUCACAUUUCUCUCAGGGAUAGUAAUUGGUUGAUUGAUUGGUUGAUUGAAUGAUUGAUUGAUUGAUUGUAUGAUUGACUGACUGCUUUCCCAGCCAAGGUGAUCUCACCUGUGUGUACAUGGAUAGCCCCUCAGCUUCCUCUCGGAGUAGGAGGAGCCUCAGUCCUGCCAAUGACCCCGCCUCUCCACCAACCGCCUGUCAACAAGGUGUUGUCAACGGCAACCUGGGAGGCCUUUUUACAGCUGUAGACGAUGUGAGUGGACCACGUAACCUGACAGGAAAAACUCCUGGCCUUCAUAAUAACUUCACAUCGUGGACAUAAAGAAUUCGGUCUUAAACUUCGUUAUCUUUUGUCUAUCAUCUUAGGAGGACCAGUGUUCUUGCACCAAUCGUCUACAGAGGCUGCUAGCUGAGUCUCAUCAGAUGGUGGCUGGCUCGGAACGCACAACCCUACAACCUCUAAGCCCCUCCCACAGCCCAGCCUCUAACUUUGACGCUGUCAUUAGCCUCAGCAUCAGCCACGAUAGUGGCAACAAUAACCAUGGAAACCUCAGUUGUAACUGUGACAGACAUAAUCACAGCAAUCCCGAUCACUACCUCAACCAGAGCUCCACCCACACCAUAGGAGCCUAUAAAAAAAGCCGGGGA